CUAGAGGGGGCGAAAGCGGGGCUGUACAAUUCGUUGCACCAUUCGCUGUGCGGUGCUCGCCGGGGGGCCGGAUGGGACCGAUUUCGCCCAAAAGUACAGCCCCCCCGCGCGAAACCUGCGAAGCAAUCCGGCCAUUCACUUUGCAAGUCCCUGUAAUUCUAAUAGUUCGAGAGAAAAGAGUAGAAAUCACUCGGAAAUCACACAGGCAUACGCGCUUUCGAGGACCCUGAGCGUGGCAGUUGGCGAUUUUGCUUCGCGCAGAGCAGUAAUACAUCAGCACGCGAAGCCGCUUGUGCCACUGCGAAGGAAGGACUGCGCGGGAUGCUGGCAAGCUGGUGUGCGACACGUUAACACGCCUCAGGGCGGUUUCGCCGGUCCUUGCUGCGCGCGGGCGCCCCUAGCUCGCUCGCUAGCCCGCGCUAGCUGGCAGCUCGACGCUGGACCCACCCCGGCACCUCGCGGCGGUGCGCUGACACGCCAUGGCGGCGCCGCGCCGGCUGGCCACCUGGGCGGCGCAGCAGGCCGCGGGGCGCUUCAUGUUCACCAGCGCCUCCUACCGCGGCCGCUCGCUGCUGACGGCGAGCAAGCAACUGGCCCAGCAGAUCAAAGAGCAGCUAGGCCCUGACUGUCCUCCCCACCUUGUAACGCUCUUCGCCACGCCGUACCACGAGUGGGGCGCGACGCUGUCGGAACUGCCGCAGAGUCUCCGGACCUUGCUGGCGGCUGGGGGCGCUGUGCCGCCCACAGUCAUCGGCGGAGUACUUCGGACGGUUUCCGGCGGCGCGCACACGUGCCGUGAGGGCGAGCCGUGUGUGGCUGUCAUGGCGGCGCACCUGCCGGGUGUGCGCCUCCACCCCUUCGCCACCGACCGCAGCUCGCUGCCCAGCCUGGGCGGCGGCGGCAGCUGGGCCGAGGUGAUGAGGCUGGCAGCCAGGGGGGGCGGUGGAGGCGGGGACAGGGGGCCAGGUGGAGGCGGCAGGGAUGCUGGCAGCUUCGACACCGCGGGCGCAACUGGGGAGGGCGCGGCGCCGGGGAGGAAGCAGUACUUUGGGGCGGCUGGCGGUGUCAGCCCUGGAGCCACCAGCAGCAGCACCGGCCUCUGGAGGAGCAGCGGUGCCAGUGAUAUCGCACCCGGCUCGCACAGGAAUGCCCCUAGGCAAGGGGCUGCGGAUGGGGAUACGGGAGGAAGCAGCGGCGACACCGCCGUGGCGGGCCCCGGUGCCGGCAGGCCUCUGGGCGGGCAGCCGUCUACUCCACCCCGGUCACCCCACACUCACACCCACGCCCAGCCUCGUAAAGAGUCCGUGGCUACAUUCAUGCUGAGCACACCGCACUUCGUCCAGGUGGAGGAGUUGCUGUCGCGGUUCGGGCAGGUGGCGCCCGACAUGCCCGUGUUUGGCGGCGUGAGCUCGCCGGGGGCGUGGGGCGAGAGCGAGAGCAGCUGGGGGGCGGUGUGGGUGGACGGCCAGGUCAUGGCGCGAGGCGCUGUGGGCUGCGUGAUGCAGGGGCCCUUCCAGCUGGACACGAUUGUGGCGCCCGGCUUCCGCGGCGCCGGCCCCAUCAUGCGCGUGACUCAGGCCUGGGGGCAGCAGGUGCUGGAGCUGGACGGCGAGCCCGCACAGCGCCCGCUGCAACGCGCGAUGUCGGACGCGCUGAACUCGGGCGAGUUUGCCACCUCCCUCAAGAUCGGCGUGGGCGACGCCACUGGCGCAGCCGCUGUCAGCACCAGCCCCGGCGCCUCACUGACCAGCCGCCAGCAGGCGCCGCGGCCGCCCUCCCCGACCAGCCGCGCCCAGCAGCCGCGCCCGCCGCUGCCGCGCGCCGCUCCGGAUGUGGCGCCGCAGCACCAGCAGCCCGCCUCUGCCUCUGGCGAGGCCGGCAGCGGUGUCCGUGCUGCGGCUCCUGCCGCCCACCAGCCUCCAGGCUCGGUGUCGCAGCCGCUGCAGCCACCAGUGCAGCAGCAGCAGCAGCAGCAGCAGCAGCUGGUCACACGCAAUUGGUUCUUCCAACAGGGGCCGCCGCGGCCUGUGCUCACACUGUACACCGUGGGGCCAGUGCCCGUAGGCACCCCCAUCCAAAUCCACUUGCAGAACUACCCCGCCGCGCACCGCCACAUGCGCGACCAGCUCAGGGCCUACGCGGAGGCCCUGCCGCCCCAGACGGCGGCGGCGCCGGGGGCGGUGGGCGUGCUGGCGCUGUCCUGCGGGGGGCUGCCCUUCUUUGAGGACACGGACGUGGCCAGGUGUCUACCCAACGCCGCGUUUGCUGGCGGCAAGGUGGAGGGCGAGUUUGGCUCCACAGCGCCCGGGCGCCUGCCCUCGCGACUGCACAGCUUUGCGUCUUGCCUGGCUCUGCUGCGGGCGGCGGACUGCGGCGGCGGGGACACGGGCAUCAGCGGCGGCAGUGGUGGCGGCGGUGGCAGUGGCGGCGGUGGCGGCGGCAUAGGCGGUAUCAGCCAUGGUGGCGACGGUGCUGCCGAACCCUAAAGGCGGAGGGAUGGCAGUUGCCCUUUGCGCUUGGCAGCGGCCCUCUGCGGCCCCACAUGCGGGCUAGGGCUGGCGAUGGCGGCACUAGGCCGCACGUAGGAUGGCAUGCACUUCUCACAUGGAACUUCUCACAUGUCGAUUGAUUGU